CUGAAACAUCGUUUAAUGUAAUGCUUCAAUAAACAAUGUGGCAAAUUUUCUUGGUCAUUUUGGGUUCGAAAGGGAAUAAUAGGACUUGUGCUUUCACACAGUAUAAGGACAACCAUAAUUCAACAAGAUUAAUUAUAAAAUCAGUUAUGGAUUUAUAAGAAAGACCCACGCAUAUUUUCGACGUUAACCAACUCAAAGCAACAUGUUGUUGUUGUUGCUUUUGCUGUGUGUGCAUCACGCAUCCGCUGAAGGCCCGAUGUGCUACAAAUGUGAUGACGUCGCACAAGCUAGUGAUUGUACGAACAUCGUGACCUGUGGCGCGCAUGAGGAAUGCUUUGUGCAGAGAUUCAUUGCCAGCAAUUUGAGGCAGUACUUCAAAUUGGGAUGCCUUCAGACAGACGUCUGCACGCACAAUCAAGAAUCGCUGUUCGGAUUUGGCUUCCAGACAGUCCAGACAGUUGGUAAACGAAGUCAAGAUAGCGGACCGGAAGUAUCGAAGAAAAUGGCACGUGACGUGACGUCAAUAAACCGGAAGUCACGUGAGACUGAUGAAGACAUGGUCCUGUGUCUCGAAUGUUCCGAUGAUAAGCAGACUCAGAUAUCGAAAUGCGGAUCACCCCCAACUACAUCACGACGCUGCUUCAAAUGUGACAAUGUAGCGAGUCCAAAGGAGUGCGAAGCUAUAGUAGAGUGCGGCAUAGAUGAGUCAUGCUUCGUCGCCCUUCAACCUCUUCCCAUCCAUAACGGAAAACUGGCAUAUACAAUGGGUUGUCAACGAGCACCAACGUGCAAAACAUUGAUGUCGGUGCAACAUUCGAUAGGCUGCAUAGAAUGCUGCAGCGACUCUUACUGUAACUUCAAAGUGUGUGACGGAAUAAAUGCAACGAAAACAACAACCACGUCGACAACAGUCGCUACCAGUACAGUGGCGGUGAUUCACAGACCAGUCGUCACCAUCGUCGGUCCGGUAUCGGCCGACUACAAUACAUCAAUGACCUUGACCUGUCAGACCGACGUUGUGGUGGACAGUUACCUUUGGGCUCUGGAUGGGCAUCAGCUUACAACCGCACAUUCAUCGACCCUGGCGAUUCCUGCUCUCAAUGCGAAUUCCACCGGGACGUAUCGGUGCACUGCAAUCAAAAGUGGACUCUCAGGCUAUGCUGACCACAAGGUCCACAUCAAUACAAAGCCGGGUCAUGUCAUCAGCUUUAGCAAACUAAAGGAUCCCCAGUCAGGAGUUGUUACCUUCGCCUGUGUGUUUGAGGGGUAUCCACCUCCUAGAAUUGAUUGGAGCUUUGCAGGGGCUUCUGGUACUGAUCUGCCAACCGAUGUCCAAAUCGAUGCUGCGAGGUCUUUUGGAAUCAUUUACACGUACAACUCGGGGCUUCACGACGGUAAUUACAAAUGCGCAGCUAGGAAUUACUUUGGAGGAGACAGCCAAACAGUCAGUUUGCCGUAGAAACCCCUUGUUUCAGACGAUGCCCUUCUUGCAACAAAGACGUCUUCAACAUAUUUUCGCAUUGCCAUAAUUCUUAUUUUGAUGUAAUUUCCGACUAAAUAGUUUCAGACAGUGCAAAUAAAUUGAAUCUAAUCAA